AUGCAACUAGGUCUUUCGGAGAGUCUUCCGGCUCUGGUCAGUCGACGAUUCACAACCGCCAAAGAUGCUGGCCAUCUCCUCUUUUCUCCAACCCAGCUCGCGACACUCCAUGUUUCGGGGAUCCCGUAUCAACUUCGUUACUGCCCAGCUCUCGCAAAGAAACCAACGAGUACCCCGAAGGACGAAAACGCCAACCCUAGCGGACCGAAGUUCGAUCCCUUCGAGAACCCGUCACCGGAGCUUCUCAUAGCUCAGAUCCCCCGCGAAAACCCGACCCAUUUCCUGGUCCUCAACAAAUUCCCCGUGAUUCCCAACCACUUCAUCCUCGCCACCAAAGCCUGGAAAGCCCAGACGGAUCUUCUGGAGAAGGAGGACCUCGCAGCCGCCUAUGCCUGUGUCAAAACAUGGGCCGAAGCAGAGGAACCGUCCUCCGCGCGCGGCAGGAAGCUGUUCGCCUUCUUUAACUCGGGCGACGAGAGUGGCGCGAGUCAACCGCACAGGCACCUGCAGUUCCUUCCCGUGGAAGCAAUGGCCCACCAGGAACAACAACAGGAGCACUCAGACGACUGGCGGCCUUUGAUAGAUAUCGUCGCCGCCACCUCGCAGCCGGCAGCCCCCGGCGGGUCUGGGGGCUAUCGGCGGUCGGAUCGAGUUCCCUUUGCCCACUUCGCGCUCCCGUUGCCGCCAAACCCUUCGAGUGAAACCCUCUUCGCGACGUAUCUUUCUCUGUACAGGGCUGCGGUAGCAGCCGUCGCCGCCGCCACAAACAGCAGCAACUGCAAUCGCCGCGCCCAAGAGACGACCGGCCCCGCCGUCGUCAGCUACAAUCUCGCCAUGACCGAGUCCUCGAUGAUCAUCUGCCCCAGGAGAAGGGAAAGCGCACACGUCCCAGUUGAACCUGGCGCCAGUGCGGAUGUCGCCGAGGCUGGAGUGGUCGCUCUGAACGGCACCAUUCUGGCCGGAACCCUCAUGGUCAAGGCCGAGGCCGAAUGGACCGAGUUGCGCCGUAAUCCGCAGUCGUUGAGCAAUGUGCUUUCGACGAUUGGCUUUCCACAGUUGAAUCUGCCGGAGGUUUCGCAGCUAUAA